AUGUUUUCUAGGGACCGUAUGCCGAUCCAUCACAAAAUUAACCCUUCAGACCGGAAGCGGAUAGUGCGAACUUCAUCCCGACAUUCCACAGCGAAGACACGUCCUUCUGUUUCCAAGGAUUUAGAGGAAAGUUUCUACAUCACUACUGCUGUGGUUCCCAAAGGUUCAGAUGGAUACUUUGACGUCACACUGGAGAGUCCGCUUGGCUCCGAUAGCGAGAAAGAAGACAAACCAGAUGAUGCAAAACAAUCAGAAUGUGAGCGAGUCUACCUGGCUGCCUGUAAACAGUGCCGAGUUGCCCCGGGGAAGGGCGUACUACAGGGACUUGGUACACAGCGGCUGUCCGUGAAAGGUCUUCAGCUGACAUCACGAGAUAUUGAACCAAUCACGUACGCUCUCACUAGAAACCACCACGUGACCACACUUGAUGUCUCCAGUAACGAUAUCGGCAAGGACGGUUUAAACAACAUAAUACGCAUGCUUGACGAGAAUAUGUCUUUAACGAAUCUGAAUAUUUCUCACAACAAUGUGGGGACGACAGGAGCCCGGCUAUUGAGUGAGCUGAUUGCGAACAGUAAAAUGCUUAAAACUAUAUCUGCUUCCGGAAACAAGUUCGGCGAUGAGGAUGCUUCUUGUAUAGCCGAGUCUCUAAAGGUAUCUCGUGUUCUUCAGUCCUUAAAUCUAAGUCAUAAUAACUUCCAUGAGCGAGGAGGGGAAACACUGGCAGAGGGAAUUGAAGAGAACACGUCAUUGACAGACCUUGACCUCAGUUGGAAUCACCUUCGUCUCGGAGGAGCUAUUGCCAUUGCGGAAGCCCUUAAGGAGAAUAAAACGCUGGAGACCCUCAAUAUCGCCUGGAAUGGAUUCUCUAACGCUGGCUGUAAGGUUAUUAGCGGUAGCCUAGAAGUCAACACCAAACUGCAUACACUUAACCUUAGUAACAACCGCAUAGGAUACGAUGGUGCCAAAGCGGUCAUGAAUCCAUUGUAUAAUCAACUGGCCCUUCUAUUCCUACAGCUCAACUUGAACUCGCUGUCAACACUGGGUGCGUUCGAGUUAUUGAUGGCCAUUAGAGACAAUCCAGGGAGUGCAAUUGAAAAACUAGAAUUACAGGAGGUUCCGGUGCUGGCGUCCGCUCAGAUUAUAGAGCAGGAAAUCAAGUCUGUCCGUCCGUCCUUUAUCCUCAUCCAUGACGUCGUUGUGCUCUCGGACGAUCACCUCGCUCUCUCCAGCGUCAUUAACAAACGGAAGGUCACCAGUAGUUGA